AUGGCCGUAGAACAAACGCUACUGCUGGACUCUGCUAUCCGGGACUGGGUCCUCCUCCCCAUCACCCUCGUCAUCCUCCUCGUCGGCCUACUUCGUCACAACAUUGUCAUGCUCAUCACCUCUCCUCCCAAGAGACCUACUUCUCUCGAAUUGCGACAACAACGUAUCAUGGCUCGCUCGGGCGCGCUACGAACGAAUCACGCAAUGAUUCCCCCUGCGUCAUUUGUGGCCAAGAGGGAGAAGCUCAUGGAGGAUCUCGGCAGUGGACGAUUCCUCGCCGAAGAACCUAAGCCCGCUGCUGCCGAGGAGGAAGGUCCAGCUAUGCCACCCAAUCCUAUGAGUGACCCAAAUGCAAUGGAGGGAAUGAUGGAGCCAAUGAAGAAGAGCAUGGUAAUGAUGAUCCCACAACAGCUCAUCAUGGGAUGGAUCUCCUUCUUCUUUUCUGGAUUCGUAGUCGCCAAGAUUCCCCUCAGUCCAUUGCCGUUUCCCUUGGACUACUUCAAGGGUUGGUUGCAGAGGGGAUUGGCCAGCGAAGGGAUUCAAAUGGUUUGGGUUAGCAGUCUGAGCUGGUACUUCCUCGUUGCAUUCUUUGGACUCAAUGCCGUGUAUAGGGUACUGCUAGGAGAUGACAAUGCGGCCGACUCAACCCGAGACAUGAUGGGUCCUCUCGGGGGCAUGGGAGGCCCUCAACCAGGUCAGCAGCAGCCAAACCCAAUGGCCAAAGCCGACUUUUCGAAGCUCCACGCAACAGAGCGCGAAACCCUCUAUGAAGUUGGCAAACAACUCCUCGAAGCUCCACCCCCCAUCAAGCAGAGCUCACUUGAAGGAAAGACGCUUACUGGAUUUGGGGGAAAGAAGGGGGAGAAGGGGGGAAAGAGGUGGGUAGGAGAUGGAGUGGAGGAGAGGGUACUGCAGAAGUAUGGCAAGGUGGUGCUUGCUUGA